UGAUGCUAUCCCACCCUCUCUGUGUACCUCGUCCUGCCCCACCCAUACCACAUCAUGAUCCCCACACAUGGUGCCAAACUUACACAAUUCUAGUUCCUCAUCCUGAUCCCAUCCCACUCUGAGCUCCUGUCCUCAUCCCCCAGCUCCCUGCCCUAGAGAGGGAACCCCCAUCUCUCUGCUCCCCAGGAGGGGCAGGACUGGCGCCGUCUCCCCAGGACACCACCCUCCCACCCCACCAGCUGCAGCUGGGAAAGCUCCUCAUCCCACCUGCCUGUGGGUACUUAAGAGCCAGAGGCUGCCUGGGAGAGCCUCUGCUGGUCAGGAUGGCUACAGGGGAGCAGGUGGGUGCUCGCCCUGUGGGCUGGGGAGGCUGUAGAACACAGAGAGCCCUGCCAGCCCUCGGGGUGCCCAGUGUGGGAGGUAGCUGGGGGGCUGCAGGAUCCCUGCUGGGCUGGUCAUGGGGCUCUUCGGGGCUGUCCCACUGCAGAGGCAACAGGAGCGACGCCGGCAGAGGGCUCGGCAGCAAGAGCUGCUCCCGGCAGAGAUCCUGGGCAAGCACCCCCUGCAGAACAGAUGGGCACUCUGGUUUUUCAAGAAUGACAAGAGCAAGAUGUGGCAGGCAAACCUGCGCCUCGUCACCAAAUUCAGCACUGUGGAGGACUUCUGGGCGCUGUACAGUCACAUCCAGCUCGCCAGCAAGCUCACACCUGGCUGUGACUACUCCCUCUUCAAGGAUGGCAUUGAGCCCAUGUGGGAGGACAGCCAGAACAAGCGUGGUGGGCGCUGGCUCAUCACCCUGGCCAAGCAGCAGCGGCACUCCGAGCUGGACCGGUUCUGGCUGGACACAGUGAGUGCUGCCCCACUCGAGGGUCCUGGCUGUGGUGUCCCCCCUGCCCCAGGGCUGAGCCCCCGUGGGGACUGUCCCAGGCUCCCUUUCUCCUCCCAACAGCUGCUGUGCCUCAUUGGGGAGAUGUUUGAUGAGUACAGCGACGAGGUGUGCGGGGCCGUCAUCAACAUCCGCACCAAGGGGGACAAGAUUGCCAUCUGGACCCGGGAAGCAGAGAACCAGGAAGGGGUCACCCACAUUGGGCGUGUCUACAAGGAGCACCUGGGCCUGUCACAGAAGGUGGCCAUUGGGUACCAGGCUCAUGCGGAUACGGCCACCAAGAGUGGCUCCCUUGCCAAGACCAAGUUUGUGGUGUGACUGUGGGGAGAGUGGGGAGUUGCCUGUGAAGUCCCCAUGUUCUGUCUCACAAUACAUUUCUGCAUUUGAGCAUGAUCUGUGUCUCCAGGGCUUUUGGCAACCUGGGGUGGCUCCUGUUUGUUGGGGACGUUUCCUGGGAGGGAGAUGACGAUGUGCCAAAUCUUGGCCCCUCCAUUCUGGGUGAGCAGGGCCAGGAGCACA